CCGGCACAGUUCCUGGUUCGGCGUAUCGGUCAGCGGUAGAAGCAGCGGUAGCAGGGCCCUCCCUCUGUCUCUGCAGAUAAAUACUCGCAGCCUGCCUAUUUCCAGGCAUGGAUGACGGUUGCACUCAGACAUGGCACUGCGACAUUAUACCCUCGACUUCAAGCUCUCUGCGGCAGUUGACUCUGCUUCAACAGUUCCUGAUCUACUGUCCAUAUUUCAUGAGCAGGAAAUGACAGAGACUGUCCAUGAAACAAAUGGCCAUGGAUACCUUGGUACUUUUGUUGCAAGAAUGGCUGGUAAGAGACACAUGCUUGCUAUUCUGCGUGUGCACUCCCACGGGCUGGUCACCGUUGAUCUGCAGUGUUAUGAAGAGGAUGACAUUGCACAAGUAGACAAUCUUUUAAAUACACUGGAAUCGAAGCUGAAGGCUAUCCUAAAUGGCAAUAUAACACGGAUUAAAAGGCUCCCAGCCCUCAUACGAGGAGCAGAAGUCGACCGAUACUGGCCCACAACUGACGGCAGACUGGUUGAGUAUGAUAUGGACCAGUUGGUGUAUGAAGAAGAUUCUGCAUUCCAAAACAUAAAGAUACUGCACUCACAGCAGUAUGGAAACACCCUAAUACUUGAUAAUGACUUAAACCUGGCAGAGAGUGAUCUGGCCUACACCCUAGCUAUCAUGGGUAGCGGAAGAGAGAACUAUACUGGAAAAGAGGUGCUGAUAUUAGGAGGAGGGGAUGGAGGCAUCCUGUUUGAGCUGGUCAAACAAAAGCCAAAGAUGGUCACCAUGUUGGAUAUUGACCAGAAGGUGAUCGACGCAUGCAAAAAGUACAUGAGAGGAACUUGUGGCAACGUUCUCGACAACCUGGAGGGAGACUGUUACCAAAUACUAGUAGAGGACUGUGUCCCUGUGCUGAAGAAGUAUGUCCAGGAAGGAAAGACGUUUGACUACGUAAUUAAUGACCUGACUGCGAUCCCAAUAUCCAUGGAGCCAGAAGAAGACUCUACGUGGGAGUUCCUGCGUCUCAUCUUAGACCUGUCAAUAAAAGUUCUGCAUCCUUCGGGGAAAUAUUUAACGCAGGGUAACGCCGAAAACAUGAAGGAAUCCCUGCGGCUGUAUGAGGAACAGCUGGGGAAGCUCUCGUGUCCCGUGGGGUUCUCCAAAGAGGUGGUGUGCGUACCCUCCUACAUGGAGCAAUGGGUUUUCUACUCCGUAUGGAAGAAGUAAAGACCUCCACAUUUCUCUGCUUAAAUCCCCAGCAACGGGAAUGCGAAUGCUCGUCCCAUUUCUGCUGUUGCCUUAAAGGUGUGUUCAGACUGAAUGUCAGAGGAAAUUUAGAGGCAACACAACGUUUGGAUUUAUGUAUUAUGUGGACUUUGAAAUUGUGAAAAGAGUCGAUCUGGAGAAAUAAAGCAAAACUACGUGGAGUUCCACACACUUGUGGCAGUGUUUAUGCCGAUUGUUAGAGCGCUACAUCUGACUGCAGCUAACAUCUCUACACCAAUUGGCUGUUUUUGGUUAAUAAGCAUGGAUUGCGAAACACUCCAGCAGUCAAGUUAGUGUGAAUAAAUCAAGAUGAAAAUUAACUUUGCAUUCAGUCUGAGCACAUCUCAAAGAAUACAGUAGCAGUUUUUUUUGCAACCUCUUUCAACCCCAUUUUACCCUAAUCUGACUUUUCUUUCUUCCUGGUUUAGUUGGGUGCUGGCUAAGAAAAUAUUCAGUUGUAUUUUGCUUGUUUGACUUGAUUUGGGAUACAUUUGCAUGUACUCUGAAGAAACUGUUAGAUGUUUAAACAGUGAUUUGAUACACUGAUAAUGUGGUGUAGCUCAUCUUGCAGCAGGCGUGUGCGCUUUACUUUUCUUUAGUUUUUUUUUUAAGGUUAUUGACUCUUGAGUUAUGAGCUCAUGUCGUGUGAUAGACCAAUGUAAAGUCUCAGCAACGCUGAACUCCGUCGCUUUUAAGCUCUGUUUUUGUUACUUCCUCUCAAAUGUGAUUUGAUUCUUUCAGAUUGUAUCAACGCAAUGUGAUCACGCCGAAUUUGAGUGUUUAAGUCCAAAUGUGUUUUAAAAGGGAAACGAUUCCACCACUUUAAUGCCACGUCUGUGCUUGUGCUGUUUUUACGUCAUGUUUUAUUUGCACCUUUUUGAUUUCUCCAAUAUAUUUGAAGUUAUUUAAGACUGUAUUGGGUGCAUGAAAAGGACGGUGAAUGUAGCCUGAAUAUACAGUACACAGCACGUUUACACGUGAUCAACCCUGUGGGACUCAGUUACAUUUAUUUAUUCAAUAUAAUUUCACCAAAUGCUGUUCUGUCUUACGUGAGAUACUUUCUGUGACCGCUACAAUUAAAAGUGUUUUUUGGGGAA